AGGAGUAAUCUAGGUGUUGUUAGAUCAUUCCUAAAAUAAGCUAAGUCAUGUGCAAUCACUUUAGUAGUGGUCCAAUGUUGAAUUCCAAGUCCUUCAACGGUUCAGAAGAUUCCUCCGGAGCAAUUUUGCUGGCAUGGUUUUGUGAUAACUAAAGCAUUAGCCCUUGGGUUUAGAAAAGAAGUGUAUAAGCAUCUUGUUAAUUGUUUCUUGAUCAUCAGGCAAACCAUUCAUAAAUUGGUUUUCUGUCAAGCUUUCGCCUUACGUAUUUUCAUGUAGCAUACAAUUAUAGUGGACACAAUACUUUUAAUUAUAAUUCUCCUUUGAUUAUAACUGAUAUUGUUUAGAGCAAUUAGAAUGAUUGAUGGUUGAAAUUAAACUAUGUUUGCUUCACUAUUUAACAUUAUUGGUUGUAAGAGCAAUUAGAAUAAUUAAUGGUUGUUUCUGAUUUAUUUAUUUAGUUAAAGAUCUAAUGUGAUUUCAAACCCUUGAUUUCUUUUGCUCUAUUUUGUCGUGCAAGAAGAUACCCUUAUUGUUAGGCUUCAUGGAUCAACGUCAAUCUGCAAAUGACAUAAGCAGUGUAAUACUAAGGCAACAAUUGCAGCUCAUUGCAUCAAGCGGAUAAAGGACAAUUAUGAAUUCAAAUUCAACAGAUAGCUUAGAUUGCUGGAAUAGUUUGAAGAGCGGAACAAAAGAAGAGAGCAUAUAUUUUUUCAGAUUUCUGAGCUCUGGAACCAUUGAAGCCCUUAAGAAAUGUGACGCUGAUAGCAUCAUGUGGUCUACAAGUAGUAUUAGACAAUGGCAUUGCUCGAGUGACAAUAUCUAAACCACGAGAAAUUGUUACUGGACUAGCUUAUAAUGGCAUUGACAAUUUGCUUGAAUCUCGAAAUCUUGAGGACCAUAGAAGCAACAACUUUUCAGGUGAUUAUGUUACAUGAUGAUCAGGUGGAAGUUUUCUUUUGUAGACAGUGGGAUCCUUCACUCAAGGGCAAGUUAUUCCCAUUGAAUAUUGAUAAAAGGUCUAUAAUGCUUCGUGGCUCAUCCAGGUCAUAUACCUAUGCAAUCUAUGAGCAUAUGAAAGAUUGACCGGGCUUCAGCUUGGGUGAAACUAAGGUCACAUUCAAGCUCAAUAAACGGUGGUAUAAAGAAACUGAUUUCUUUGGACAGGUUUCACGGAAAACCAAAUUAAUUAGAAGAAAUUUAGGCAACAAAGCAUGAUAUGUUUAGUCCUGAGGCUGUUCUGUUGACAGGCCCUGUUAAACCAAACAUUAAAGGAGAGAAGAAUCAACCAAAGUAGCAGCGACUUACUCAGCCAUGGCAGAUCAAAAAUACAAAACAACUAGACAGAAGCCAGAGUAUGUGUACUUGGAUCAGUUAAAUGCAGCAUGCAAGACUUAUAUAGUAAGAGUAGUUGUUGCUGAAAAAGGAAGGGACACACUAUCCUCCAAAAAAACAGUUAGAUUCCAAACUUUACUUCUAAAGGAUGAAAAGGGUAAUAGGAUGCGUGGUACUUUAUUUGGCGAUCAAAUUGAAGCAUUUGAAGAAGCAUUACAGUACCUAGGUGAAUACGACAUUUCUGCUGCACCUAUUAAAUUCAUUGAAGAAAAAUGGAGAACUGAGCUUGAUCAGUUUCCGUACCAAAUGGCUUUUGGUAGUAGAACUAUGAUCCAGCCAGUUCAUCCAGAGCUCGGACCAAUUAUGCCUAACUAUCAACCCAUUGCAAGUAUACCUCGUACAGUUGAUCCUGAUGAGAAAUACGAUAUCGUGGGUGUGGUGUUAUAUGUUGAAGAAGAGCCAAGGAAAAUUGAAGCCAGAGAUGGAAAGCGAGAGAGCUUCGUACGAGAAAUAGUCGUUACUGAUGAAAGUUGCGAUCAACCGCUCACCAUCUCAUUGUGGAAUGACCUAACAGCACCCAAAUUCUUCGAAAAAUUACCUAAUUGGGCAGAAGCAUUCCAGGUUAUAGGUUUUAGAGCUCUUAAACCAUAUACUCGCCGUGGUUUUUCAAUGAAUUCUGGUAUGUCUACUCGAAUAAUCUAUAAACCUGAAGGGGAUCGAGCGCGUGAGCUGUCUGACUGGGCUAACCUCUUCCACCAGAAGAUAUUAGAUAGACAAACUAGAGUAUUAGAGGUUAAGUACCCAGGUGAAAACAAAAAAAUUGUUUCCAUUGCUGAACUGAGACGGAAAAAGCCAAGCAACACCAUACAGGAAGAACUUCUAUGGAUAGAGGUAACCAUUCAGAAUGCAGAAUUAGAAAAAGUGCACGCGUACACAGGCUGUUCAAACUGCUGGAAAAGAACCAACCUUCCAUUGCAGAAGCAUUAUUCUUGCACUUCUUGUUAUAAGAAAGAAUGCAUAUGCACUGAGAGGACAACCUUUAAGUUUGAGGCUAGCGAUGGCACAGGCACUAUGGCAUUCACCAAUUUUAACGAUGACACAGAAAGACUGUUUAGGAGAAGUGCAGCUGAAACUUAUGCCAUAAAAGAAGCGGAUGACCACAAUGCAUUCGAGGCUAUUCAAGACAUGCUUAGAAGCAAACCGUUCUACAUUAAAGUAGGACCUACAUCGCAUUUAGGCCAGAACAAUGUUCUAGAAUGGAAUCUCAAGGGUAUAGGAACUUAAGGAAGAACCUGAGACACCAGAAGUUUUGCAACCAUUUGAAGGCACCUCCAACCAAGCAAAAGAUGCAAAUGAAAAGGAAAAACAGCAAUCUAUGGAACAAGGGAAUCCAGAACCAGUCAUUCCAACCCCAAACAUGAAGGGUUCUUCAGAAAAACAUACACAAGAUAGCCCUUUCACUCAAACACUGGAGUUAACUCAGGGAGAUAUCGAAUCGCUUAAGCGAAAGAAAGCUUUAGGGAAAACUCCUGUCCAAUUCCAAGAUGAGGAAACUGAAUACGAGCCACCGCUAUCACAAUUCCGUGCAAAAAAGAAACUUUGCUUCGGCGGAAUGACUCCAGAGAAGAACAAGACAGCCCAAGAACCAGAGAUAUCACCAAGAAAGGAUCAAGCUCAAGAUGAAACUGUCCCCCUGAAAACUGACAAGAAGGAAGCCAAACCUGUAACUGUGAAGUCUGAGAAGCCAAAAUAAUCUUCCAUCAAAUCUGCCACGACAAAUGAUAAGGUGGUGAACUACAAAAAAUAUACAUAAUAGCCUAAUGGAGUACUGCAGAACAACAAUCUAAGGUGCACUACCUGCACAUCAUCUAAGUAUUAAAUAUUUUGCUAAAUUACAAAUAUAUGGACAACUAUAAGAAAUUCUCUUUUGCUCAGAAUGCUAAGCACAAUAGAUAGUUGCCCAUGUAUUUACAUAAAACUCCAGCAUCGUGUAGUAAUUAAUCUUCAACUUACUUUCAAAAUUUCAUGUAUAUAGAAGUAAGAUGCUGUAAAAGUUGCUCUUUUGAGGGUUUCCCAGGAACAGUAACAACAGUUAGUGUUCCUGGCAAACACCAUAAUUAGAUCAAGGUCUAAUGUAUUGCUAUAUUACAAGAGAUGUUAAAUUUUAUCUAUAAAAAUAUAGUAGUUUAUAUA